AACAUCAUCCUCCAGAAUAAGAGAGCGAGCUAGCUCCCAGCUGAGACUGGAUGCAGACAGGACUCAAGAGACACCUGGAGAACAAGCUUUAGGUGAGCCGCAUCCACAGGAGAUGAGUAAUCAGGCCCAGGAUCAAGAUGAUAGUGAUAGCACCUCUACAGCCCCUGUGCUGGGCUCCACAAGUCCUGCCAACACGCAGCUGGUGCAGCUGAGCUGGGAUAACCCCCCACAGCGUUUGCUCUUCAAAAGAACUCUGUUGUCCAUCUGGAAGAUGAUAGCCAGUCACAGAUACAGUGGCCCGUUCCUGAAGGCUGUGUCAGAGAAACAAGCCCCUGGAUACAGGGAUGUGGUGAAGAGACCCAUGGAUUUAACCAGCAUAAAGAGAAGACUGUCAAAGGGACACAUUCAGUCCGUGGUCCAGUUCCAGCGUGACCUCAUGCUCAUGUUCCAGAAUGCGGUGAUGUACAACAGCUUCAACCACCAAGUGUACCGCAUGGCCAUGGAGAUGCAGCGAGAGGUCUUGGAGCAGCUGCAGAUGUUGGGUGAAGCCCUCCUGUGCUCAAGGGACAGGCUGGGGUCAGGGAGAAGGGCUGCGCGUGACCCGGAUGCGGAAGCGGCGGCGCGCGGCGGCGCGGCUAUGGCGCGGGAGAAGCCGCCGGAGGCGGCGGCGGAGGCGGAGGGAACUCCCGAGCGCUCGUACCGGGAGCAGCUCGACUACCUGAACCCCAUCGCCCAGCCGCUCGCCUCCCGCAAGCUGACGCGCAAGCUCUACAAGUGCAUCAGGAAAGCGGCCAAACACAAGCAGAUCCGUCGCGGCGUGAAGGAGGUCCAGAAGUUCAUCAACAAGGGCGAGAAGGGGAUCACGGUGCUGGCCGGCGACACGCUGCCUAUCGAUGUGUACUGCCACAUCCCCAUCAUGUGCGAAGACAGGAACCUCCCCUACGCAUACGUCCCUUCCAAAUCGGACCUGGGAGCUGCAGCCGGCUCGAAGCGCCCGACCUGCGUUAUCAUGAUCAAGCCCCACGAGGAGUACCAGGAGACCUACGAUGAGUGCUUGGCAGAGGUGGGGGCCCUGCCCCUGCCGCUGUGAAGAGCUGGGGACGGGCUGCGCCCCGCAGGACGGUGGCGUGUCCUUGUUCCUCUGCUCUGGGGCCGUGGCCUCGUGUUUGUGCGGAUGUUGCCGAGGGCACUGACCGGGGGGUGGUGAGCGCUGUUGGGGUGAAUAAAGGUGUUUGUGGGUUUUGUUGGA